GUGAAGUCUUUGAGGUUGUCUUAUUCACGGAGGGUCCGUAAAAGAGGUUUUCGUGCCUCCCCAUCUUGCCAUUCGUUUUGGUAAUCGACGGUCCAAAUUUUAAAUAAACUAUUCGCGCGAAUAAUUUAUUUAAAAUCUAGACCGCCAAAACAUUUUUGGACGGAUGAAAUUGUUCGCCUCUCUAAAAAUCUUAUUUACAGAACCUCCGUAAAGAAGUUUUUCUCGAAAUCUUUAUAAUAGAGAUCGGAGAGAGGAGAGAGGAGAGAGGGAGGGAUAGGUAGUCAUGGAUUUCUCAAGUUCUAUAGUAUGCCUUGUGCUUACUUUGAUUCUCAUUCUCCUCCUCUAUUCAUCAAUUUUUCGAAGAACCAAAACAAGCCAUGCCAAACUUCCACCAGGACCAAACACCAUUCCAGUUCUCGGAAACCUCCUUAACCUCGAUAACAAACCGCACAAAUCACUGGCCAGACUCGCCAAGAUCCACGGCCCCGUCAUGAUCCUAAAACUCGGCUCGGUAACCACGAUAGUCAUUUCGUCUCCCACCGCGGCGAAAGAAGUCCUCCAGAAGCACGACGUCUCCUUUUCCAACCGCAUGAUCCCAGACGCUGUCCGCGGUCACAGCCACCACGAGCUCGGAAUGCCUUGGAUUCCGGUCUCGCCCCUCUGGCGAAGCCUCCGGAAGAUUUGCAACUCCCACAUGUUCGCCAGUCAAAGUCUCGUCGCCAGGCAAAACAUCCGGUCCUUGAAAAUACAACAACUGCUUUCGUUCGUUCGCGAGAGCUGUGACAAUGGGGUUGCCAUCGAUAUUGGCAAGGCGGCCUUUAGCACUACUCUCAACAUGCUAUCGAACGCGAUUUUCUCGGUCGACAUGAUCGACCCUAGCUCCGGCUCCGCGAAUGAGUUUAAGGAGCUGGUGUGGAAUAUGAUGGAGGAGAUGGGAAGAUCGAAUUUGGCUGAUUAUUUUCCGGCCCUUAAAAUGAUCGAUCCGCAAGGGAAACGGCGUCGUUUCACGGAGUAUGCUGGGAAAAUGUUUGGCGUGUUCGAUGAACUAAUCAAAACGCGGUUACUUGCAAGGAAAACAAUAGGUUCGGUCGAGACCGAGGAUUUACUGGAUACUCUUCUCGGCAUUGAAGAGAGCAGUCGCGAGAUUGAUCGCCGGGAUAUCGAGCAUUUGUUUCUGGACCUAUUUUUGGCAGGAACUGAUACAACUUCAAACACUUUAGAAUGGGCAAUGGCAGAACUACUUCACAACCCUACAAUUCUUUCGAAAGCCCAAGAAGAGAUGGAUCAAAUCAUCGAAAAAGACCGCCCUGUUGAAGAAGUAGAUCUCGCCAGGCUACCUUAUUUGCACGCGAUAGUAAAGGAGACCUUACGUCUCCACCCGCCGACCCCUCUCCUACUCCCUCGAAAAGCAGAAGAAGACGUAGACCUCUAUGGCUUUAGGGUUCCGAAGGGCGCACAAGUGCUCGUGAACGCAUGGGCUAUCGGGCGAGACCCGGGCACGUGGGACAAUCCUGAGUUGUUUUGGCCGGAGCGAUUUUUGGGGUCGGCCGUUGAUGUGAAGGGUCAGGAUUUUGAGCUGAUUCCGUUUGGAGCCGGAAGGAGAAUAUGUCCCGCGAUCGGUUUGGCGAGCCGGAUGCUUCAAUUGAUGUUGGCUUCUCUCAUUCAUUCAUUUGAGUGGAAGCUUGAGGAUGGGAUUGGUGCAGAGGAUGUGGAUAUGGAGGAUGAGUCUGGGAUUACUCUGCGAAAGGCUCAGCGUUUACAUGCUAUUCCGGUGCACCGUAUAAAUUGUUGUUAGAUGAUAAAAAACGAUAAGUGGCAAUUUAUUUUCUAAGUUUGUAGUUUUAGCAAACUAGUACCAGACACUAUAGUAAGCCAAAAAAAAAAAAAGUGCACUGGUACAAACUUGGUUGAUUAUAGUGCUGCUAAAGAAAUUACUACCUUUAUUUUCUAAGUUCGACUCUUGUUGUGAAGCUUUUUCUAUAUUUGUGGAGUUGUAUUUGUGAUUGCUGGGG